AUGGGUGGCCCAAGAUUAGAAGUUAUAAAGUUUGGUGUCUAUGUCUUUUUCCCAGUCGGUGUUAUGCUGUACUUUGGUGGUCCUGGCUUUUAUGACCAAUAUGUAAAGGGUAUCAAGUUCUGGCCCGAUUACAACACAACAUAUAAACCCCCUACCACUUCUGAAGAAAUCAAAGCAUCACUGGAAAAAAUGAAAGCAGAACGUGAGGAACGCUGGAGACAAAACAUGCGUGCCAAACAAGCUCUGAAAGAUCAAGCAGAGAGCCAACAAUAA